AUGGUCAAACCGCAAAACGAGAAACCAAACCAAUACCAAACCCAGACAACAGCACCAGGCGCACCAGGCGCACCAGGCGCACCAGGCCCGUCCGCCACAUCUGGCAACAUACCACUAGGAACACACACCGAUGAUGAAGAUGAAUACGACAGUUUGGUACGAUUGUCGCACCAGGCCCAGACCCGAACUCUGGAGGACGAAGACGACGGCGAAGACGAGGAGGAGGAAGGAGGCCUAGAUGAUGACGAUGACGACGACGACGAUGAUGACGAAGGCGAAGAUUAUGAUAUGAUUGAGCCGGCUACCUUCUUGCAGAGCUUGUUGCAACUACGUGGAAGAAGAGGGAAUGACGAUGAUGACGACCGUUUUGAAGAGGUUGACAAUGCCAAUGAGGGCGAGGAAGAGGAUAUCAAUGAAGACGACGAUGAUCCUCGUGCCGAGUUCUUGCGUGCUAUUGGCGCAUUAUCUGGCAGAAGAGAAGGCGAUCAAACAACACCAGGCGGCGCCAUUGCGGGUGGUACCGCUGGUGGAUUUGUUGAUGUUAUGCAGAGACUUAUGGGCGGCGGAAUGAUGUUUGGUGAACGAGAAGGAAACAGUGAGAUUGACGCCUUGAUUAACAACUUGAACCAGCGGGAAGACACCUACAUCAUGCUUGAAUCGUUGAAUGAACUAUCUGAACGUCUUCUUAUGAUGAAUGGUAUCACCGCUGAACGUUUGAUCCCAGCAAACAAAUUGGCCAAGAGCUUAGUCAAUAUCAUGGAAGACCCACAAUUGGAAGAAGAAUUAGAAUUGCAUCUAGUGGCCUGUCGAUGUUUGUACAACUUCUUGGAAGUUAACCAAGAUUUCAUCCAUGAUGCCCUCAAUAACAACGCCAUCCGGGCAUUAUGUCAUAAGCUCGUAGAGAUAAAAUACAUUGACUUGACAGAGCAAGUUUUACAGACACUCGAAAUGAUUUCUCGUGAUCCGAUAUCUCAUAACAGUAUUAUUUCAAACAAUGGAUUAACAUGUUUACAAUAUUUGGAUUUCUUGACCAUACAUGCCCAGCGCAAGUGUUUGACCAUCAUAUCCAACUGUUGCACUAAUAUUUCCAUUGCCAAUUUCCCCAUGGUUAAAGAGGCAUUUACAGGAAUUUCCGACGUUGUUCGAACUCAUGAAGAUCAAGUUGUGGUUGAGAAUGCAUGGUUGACUAUUUCGAGGAUUAUCAUUUGUUUUAGGAAUAAACCCGACUUUUUGAAUGAGUUGUUUUCCGAUAAGGGCCCAUUAUUGCUUGAGCUUACACAAGUGAUUAGCGUAAGUUGCAACAAGGGAUCUAACGAUAAUAAAGGGAAAAAGUUGAAUUAUGCAUCCUGUCUUAGUUUAAUCAAAUCGUUGAUUAUCCUUACCAGUGUAAGUGUGGAGGUUUCAAAGAUAUUGAUUUGUGAUUGUGAAAUCGGAAAAGUCAUCACAAAAUCAUUGAACAAGUACGGAAGAAAAGAAACUGACAAUGAAGAAUCAGAGAAAUUGACGAUUGAAUCGAUUAUGGCUGCUCCUAAAGAUUUAAUCUCACAGUUUCUCAGCUUGAUUGGAUACCUCCUCCCCAUAACAUAUGCCCCGGAAAAUGCAUUAUUCUUGAGAGAUAAUUUCCAGGACUAUGAAGAAAGACAAGAGAUCAAUAAAUCAAGACAGGAAUUGUGUCUUGAGAUUAUCCCCCAUGAUUACUGGCAGUUUGUUAAUGACGUGUGGUCAUUUCUUAUAAUCAGUUUUGAAGCAACUAUGGAUUAUGAUAUUAGAAGAAAGGGGUUUAUCAACAUGUAUAGAAUGAUUUACCCAGCAGAAGAGUUUGCUGUCAUCCACGAUGUUGCUACGAUAUCAGGCUUGUUGUCGUCAGUGGUUAAUCAAUGUCAAUUAACUAUUCAUACUGAUUUCGCAGGUCACAGUCAAUGGGAGGAUAUAGAUAUGGAAGGAAGUGAUGAAGAAGAAUCAGCCCACCCAGUAAGGAGCGAACCAGAAGACAUCAACAAGAUCAAUGCAAACGCACUUCUACUUGCAUCAUUCAAGAUUAUUCGCACCAUAUUUGAAAAAUCGCAUGGAACAGCAUUCAUUUCCAAUUUUGAACGAGAGGGUUUGAUCAAGGAUAUCAUUCUGAUUUUGAGUGAUUUGAAGGGUAAUGUUGAUGAUGACUUUUACGAAACUGGGCCACCUGUCCAUUCAAUAUCUGCAUCCUAUAGCAACAAGUACAUCGACACCGAAGUUACUAAGGAGUAUGAAUCCAGAUUGACCCUUGCUAGGUUAUAUGCUCGGAUUUACUCCGUUGGAAAUGAGAUUGAACAAUUGUAUCUCGCUAUGAAGAGCGGUGAUGCGGUCAUUCCCGAACAUAUGAAGGUAUUGAUUGAGAUUCAAGAAUUGCUUCAAGAUCAGAAAUUGAUUAAGUCAUUCACAUUCGAACAAUGGGUUGACUUAUGGAAUAAAUUAAAGUUUGCCCUCAUUGACAAUGUCCAAAUCUCAAGCUUUGAAUUGAUUUCUUCGGGAUUGAUAGAAGCAUUAACAACCACGUUCAAGUCAGAAGAAGGAUCUGAAUCAUCUUGCAAUCGUGCAUUCACUGCUGUAUUUUUUGAAUCGGACACAGUUCCCGCCAAGGCAUUUGUGCAAAAGCUUCAAGAGGCAUUGACUCGUUCAGAAUCAUUUGAUGUUGUUUCUGCCGGAACUAAUACUAAUCAACAUAACCACGCCUUAGCUAAUCAAAUCAGAUUGAAGUUGACGUGCGAGGGUGAGGAUAAGAUACCUACCCAUUUGAAAACAAUGAUUUUAUCGGUACAUGCCAUUGCUACUUUCAAGUCUGUGUUUGCAUUUUUGAAACAGAGGUUUAGAUUCAUGGAAGAAUUUUCUGAUGAUGAAGAGAAGAAGUCGGAUAUCAAUAUUGAAUUUUUGAUUAAUGGUGAGGUGAUUCCUAAUGAAACUACUAUUUAUGGUGCCAUUUAUAGAUCAUUGCAGAAUAAACCUGAUCAAAUAAUCGAACCAAGCAGAAUAUGGACCACUGUUCAUAACAUAACUUAUAGGAAGGUUAGUUCUGAAGUCAAGGAUAGUCCCGUGGUGAUCUCGUACGAUCAAGAUUGGGUAUAUGAUCAGACCACAAUGAGUAUUUUGAAAUUGCUCAAGGUUAUGUUUUACAUGAAUGAAGCUAAUGGAUCGAUACCCGACAAGGAGUUCACAAACUGGAAAUUGACGGUCAAGUUGAAUCGACAAUUGGAGGAGCCAUUGGUGGUAGCUAGUGGGACCUUGCCCGGUUGGAGCAUUCAUGUUACUAAACAAUUCCCCUUUAUAUUCCCAUUGGAGACGAGAAUAUUUUUUUUGCAGUCAACUUCAUUUGGGUACUCUCGCUUGAUUCACCAAUGGCAGGUUAGAACGAAUCAAGGAAACGAAGAGCAAACCCAAGGCCAACAGCACCACCAGUUAGGCAGACCAACGAGACAUAAAGUGAGAAUCGCCCGUCAAAUGAUGUUGCAGAGCGCCGUCAAGGUGCUUGGAUUAUACGGAUCCACGCCAGGCAUUUUAGAGAUUGAGUAUUUUGAUGAAGUUGGGUCAGGAUUGGGACCUACUCUCGAGUUCUACUCUACGGUCUCGAAAGAGUUUGGCAAGCGCAAGUUGAAGAUGUGGCGCGAUCAUGGUGAUCCUAGUGAUAGCGAGGGUUAUGUUGACAAUAAGUAUGGGUUGUUUCCUGUUCCUAUGGAUAAGCUGGGCAUUGCCAGUGAGAACGGCAAGAAAAUGGUGUACUUCUUUUCGAUCUUGGGUAAGUUUAUCGCUAGGGCGUUGUUGGAUUCACGUAUUAUUGAUUUUAACUUCAAUCCUGUGUUUUUGAAGUUGGUGCAAUUGUUGAACCUGUUGGGUAAUGCGCAAAAGUUGAACGCCAAGUCCAUCAAGAAGUUCACUACCAUGGCCAAUUUACGUAUUGUCGAUCCAGCAUUGGCUGAUUCUGUGGAGCAUUUAGUCAAGUACAUUAAACAAUUCUCUGACGUUAAGCCGGAACAUCGUGAUGGUAUUACUGUUGAUGGAUGUACUAUUAAAGACUUGUCUAUAUAUUUUGAAUUGCCCGGUAAUCCCGAGUACGAACUUAUUCCAAACGGUGGUGAAACCCAAGUAACUGCCGACAAUCUUGAACUUUACGUGAGCAAAAUCCUUGAAGCUACGUUGUACACGGGAAUAAUUCACCAGAUCAAAGCAUUCAUGGAGGGGUUUUCCAAGGUGUUCCCCAUCAACUCGUUGGUCAUUUUCUCGCCUCAAGAAUUAGUUGAGCUUUUUGGUAACGCUGAAGAAGAUUGGUCGUUUGAUGCAUUAACUUCUUCGAUCAAUGCUAAUCAUGGAUACUCGAAAGAAUCACAAUCCAUCAAGUCCUUGACUAAUAUCCUUGUGAACUUCAACCACGAUGAACAAAGAGCAUUCCUCCAAUUCUUAACCGGGGCACCGAAAUUACCGAUUGGUGGAUUCAAAGCAUUAAGACCUCCAUUAACUGUGGUAAGGAAGCAUGCCGAGGAUGAUUUGAAGGAUGAUGACUAUUUACCUAGUGUAAUGACCUGUGCUAAUUAUUUGAAGUUGCCCAAUUAUUCCAGCGAAGAUGUUAUGCGAGAGAAGUUAUUACAGGCCAUUAGGGAAGGAGCUGGUGCGUUUUUGUUGUCGUGAAUGUGUACUUAUAUAUUCUAUUACAUAUAACAACUCUACUUAACUUAAUCUGAUCGUAUUGUAUGUAUGGGAUCAGGUUAGUGUGUUGUGGUCCUGCAUAUACCAAAUCGAUCCAUAUGGGUGUAACUUUUCAGUGCGGAUUUCAAGUGUAGUCGAGGGACCCACCUAGUUAGCUCCCGCAAGCAAUACAUACAAUGUCAGUUAAAUUAAAUCAAUUGGUUGACUCAUUAGUCAAAACCUCGCCACCAGGUGAAUUGCCUCAAAUCAACAACAGUCUUUCUGCUUUGACUCAUGAAAGUAUUGACCAAGCUCUUGAGAAGUACAUUAAUGAAAACAGCAGUGUGUUUUCGGGAUAUAUUGCCAGUCAAUAUAAUAAAGACGCCAAUUCUUCGAAAUAUAUUGAUUAUGUCUCCAAGAAGAUGUUUAACAUUGACACCAAAAGCUUUAAGGCUAUUGAUAUAGAGCUGUACACUGCACACGCCGACUAUCCUUCAUAUUUUGAUGAAUUGGUCAAAAAAUUGGAAACAUAUGGGGAGGAUCACUACCCUCAGUUUGCGUUCACGGUUAUCCCUGGUGAUGUUGUCCGUGUCAUUAUCAUUGGACGCAGAUUGAAUCCUGAUAAUUUCUACACCGGUCAAUGGAAGAGUGAGUACGCCAUUCAAAAUGGACAAAUCUCAGGAACGGUCAAUUUAGAUAUACAUUACUAUGAAGAUGGGAAUGUCAGAUUGAAGUUGGAUGAAAAGUUGGACGGUGAAUCAGUCGGUGGUAGUGCCAGCGAUAUUGUCAAUUUCAUUAGUAAUUCCGAAACUAAAGUCACCUUGAAGAUCAUUGACCAAUUCAACGACCUUAACCAACAACAAUUCAAGAACUUGAGAAGAUUAUUGCCCAUCACUCGAUCCAAGAUCAACUGGGGGAAUGCCAUUGGUAACUAUAGAUUGGGUUCUGAUGUAGUUAACAAGAAGUAGUAGUAGUAGUUAGUAUAUUUUUGCCUAUCUAAAUUUAUAUAACAUCCAGAUUAUAAAGAAUACAAGCAAGAUCAUCCCCACGAUUCUCGUCAAGCUUGCGUUUCUAUUCAUGACAGUACGUAAUUCUCCACUAGUUCGUUUAACCAGAACCAUUAACAGACUGAAGUUGUCACUUAAUGAGUCCAAGAUUGAGUUUUCUUGCUGUAUGGAGCCAUGGAUGUCGUUAUUUACUGUGGUUCUAAAUUGAUGGAGGGUGUGUGCUAGCUGAUCAAAUCUUUGAUUGUUUUGGUCUUCUCGUGUUGAGUAUAAUGAAUCCGACAUUAUAUAUAUAUGACUAUAUUAGUUAUUAGUUGUGUAGUUGAGUAUUAAUUUACGUAUGAGUGCACGAUCGAACCGUUGGCAUUUGUUUGUUUCGCAC